AUGCACCGGCUCUGGUCUGCUUCACUUGGGAGAUAUCCGUGGCCUGGAAGCCCGGCACUGCUGCUCCCUCCAAAGCCAGAGACGGACCGCGCCAGCCGCCUUGCAGCAGACAUAUACAGCCUCAAUGAGCUGAGACGGCUUCCAAGCGAGAUCACCACCAUGAUAUGGACCCUUCUUGGGCAACAUGACUUGUUACGCUUCUCCACAGUCCUUGAACUAGUCGUCUUCCUCUCUCACACAGAGUUUGAUGACUCAAUAUCAAUACCUCUUCAUCAAGUUGAGGUCUGGCGCCGUGGGAGUGUUCCGGUCACCAGAAAAGACAAAUCAAACUCUCUCAUUGAAUUAACGAUUGAUUCAAGGGGCAUCGUGUAUAUUGAGAGGCUAAAGUCCUCGGCACACAAGCGUCGUUCUGAUUUCAUUGUCUACACGACUAUCAAGCCCAGUCAGAACCUAACUAUCGAGUUUCAGUUUGGCAUUGGUCGCCUUGCACCAAUCGUUGGACCAGGACGGCUCCAGAUCACGGACACACCGAAUCUUGCCAAUGUGACAUGUUUUCGCUUUCCCUCUCAGGCACCUGAUAUCCGUCUUGCGACUAUCGACCUGAAUUCUUGUUCAGGAAUCACCUUUUUCAUGACUAAAAGCUAUACACAUGCAAUACAUGCCCAUACUCAAGCUACACCCUUCGCAGAAUUAACGUUUGCGCGACUCACACCAUCAAUCCAUCCUUUUGUCAGAUGGCUGUAUGUGCCAAAUCCACCAGCAGACAAGAUAUCUGCAUUUGGGGUUCGGCUCAAGAUCAAUUCUAAAAAUCAGCCUCUGCAGUAUGACUACUCUUAUCUAAUACGUACGCCUCAUCGAGGAGAUUUCACUGUGGGGCCUCAUCAUGACGGGGCAGUGAAGGACUACGUCGUAUAUACUUCUAAUCAAUCAGCUCUCCUAUAUUCUAUUCCAGAAAACAAACCUCUGUCCAUAUUAGGGGUGACCCCUAAGGGCCAGGUGUGUUCCGAGCUUUCACCUUCACCCCCAGCAGGCGCUUCUCCUUUACCAGACGCCUUUUACGCAUCGGCUUCGCUAAAGAAUGUUGCGUGCAUAUGGGUGUUUCGAGAUACCCAAGCCGAUUUCUGCCGAGGCCUUAUCAUCGAAUAUCUUGAUGGUUCGCAGCAAGCGCUCGGGUGUUGUCGAUUGGGGUUUGACCCGGUUGAGCGGUGUCCAGAUUUGACGCAAUUUACAUUCUCCUCUAGCGAGUAUUCGCAAAAGAACGGAUCACGUCGCGCCGCCGUGAAGGUAAGAAUAUUACCAGUAUCAGUUGAUAGCAAUUGGCUCGAUGCAGGUUGGACGAGUUGCUCCGAAGCGCAUACUUUGCAGGUUUGGGUGACAGCCACGGAAAUGGCAAUGAAUGUGAUCCGUACAAUUUGA